UGCGCCGCUCCAGCCGCUGCGGUACCAGUUAUCUGCGUGGUAGUGAAGGACACGGCUGCAGACGUCGCAGACCAUGUCGCUGGCGUCGAUUUUGGUAAUCAGCAGUUGCCUUCUCUCCGUCCGCGCCGGUCCGCCGGCGACAGAGGUGCAGGGUAAUGAUAAUGGAUCCGCAAAAUCGAGGGGACUGUCUGAUGCCACAGCAGAGGUGCACACAGUUGCAGAUCGCCUCAGAGUGGCAGACAUCAUUGGCGUGGACCAUCGUAAGGACCCGCACGUGACCAUCACAUAUUCCAUCUGGGUGGGAACGAACGUAUCGGAGAAGUACACCCUUUUACUUCACCCUGUGCGCAACACAUCCUUCUAUGACGUUAUGAUCCUCGCCGCUUCGAUAGACGAGCAUUAUCAGUUUGAGGCUACAGAGUGGCCCUACGGGCACUACAUCACGAUGCUGGCUGGCCACAGGGAGGACCCUGCCAAUUACCUGUUCUGGCUGAUCUACCAAACACCACAGCUGCCUGACCCUGCCAGCCCACCUGGCAAUGAACUCCUCACUCCUGUUGGUGUGGACAGCUUGUAUGUUGAUGAAGGGGACAACUAUUUGUUCUGGCUCAGAAAUCUGUAACUUUCCACAGAAUGGCUAUAAAAUGUUGCAUCCAGACAGUCCCAAUAAAUGCUUGUCCUGCAGUAAUGACAUGAUUAGUAUUAUGUUAUGUAAAAACUUAUGCAUAUAUUACAUCAUGUAAAUAUUAUAUUAUACAACAUAUUAUGUUACGUAAAAACUUCAUUUUAAAGUCGUUAUUCCAUUUUCUUCCUCCUUCUUUAGCCUGAGUAUCUUGAUAGCAAAGUGUGUCCAUCCUUGCCUGUAGACAUGUAAAACUGCAAUCAGAUCAAAACUGAAAAUUGUCCAAGCAAAAACAAAUUAUCUCUUUGUUACAACUGUUAAGAAACAGUAGCUGUUAGGACAACAAUGUACUCAAAAUAGUGGUAAAAAGUUAGAUGUACUUCUAAACAGAGCACCAGUAGUGUCAAAGGUGGCAAAUAGACUCACACUCUAUUCUUACAGAUUUUAACAAUGGGUAUUAGCAGGCUGCUCCGAUAUAAAUAACGUUAUAUUUGCAAGAGUAAUGAUGUUCUCACUCUGUAUUGCACAGUGAGAUGUGGGAAUACUUCUUGACAACGUCCUCACUCACCUACCUAUAUUUUCAAGGCGAGAUGCUUCCUCCUCAGUGGCACUAUCGAUGCUGGAAAUACUAUAAUGUUCAGGUACAAGGCUACAAUUCAGUUGCAGAGGGUUGGCUGCUAGUAACUCAUUUCUGCCAGUGUACAAUUUCUAUUCUGAAAUAUUACUUUAACUGACUGUAAUUCUCAUAUACUAAUAAUUUAAACAUAUUAGAAUCUCUUUUAUAGCCCUCUUACACAAUUCUAGCGACCAGUUUUUCUCGAGUAUAUUUAUAUUCUGCCUAUUGUGAUAAUCAGUCACUUCAGUUUCAGAUAUUACGAUAACAUUUCUCAGGUCUGUAUAGAAUGCUCAAGACAACACUUGCGAGAUUAUUCCUUGCAGUUCAGGUCCCUGUACAAUGCAUAUGGAAUGGUCAACAUGACAUGGCAGGCAUUCACAAAUAUAAAUCACUUCUGCACUAACUGCUUUAAAUAAACAUGCAAGUGCAUUGCCUGUCUCAUUCCAUGACGUUCUUGUACACCCACUGACGAUUAAUUACCUCAUCACUGCACUCAGAUCUAUGCUCCUGUGAGUGAACUGACUACUAUGGAACUUCCCAGCUACAUUGCGUCAGUAGUAUUCUACCACCAGGUGAAAACAGAAAAAUGUCACACUGGAGGUGAACUAUCGAUAGUGCUGUACACUAAACAUAGUUCACAAGUUACACACUAACAUUGCAACAGGUUAAUGCCAAUUUACACUGGAUGUCAAGCCACAUCACAUUAUGGCAUCAUCACAUCAAGAUGUUACAUGCCAGUUUGCUUAGAACAAAGUUCUGAGAAAUGAAACAACAUUUCAAAAAAUCGAUAUUUAUAUGCUAGCGAAAAUAUAUACACACAAAUACAUCAAACAAUAGUUCUAAGGGAACAGACAGAGCACACCUUACCCAUUACAUUUUUCCCUUAUUUAACUAUUUCUAUCAUAAACAACGGUAUUUUUCUUCUUCAUUAGAGCUGAAGUUCUCAUUUAAAGCGUUAUACACUGAAAACUGGUUCAUCAACGUAACUUUUUAUUUAUGUAACUGUGGGCAUCAGCUCUGUUAUGUUAUUGUAAAAGCUAAAUAAUUUUCGGUUUUUAGGUAUCUGAUCCCCCUUUUGGAAGAACACUCAAUGCAAAAAGUAUCCAAAUCGUGGAACAUUUCCGAUUUGCCACAAAAACAAAGCACAAUAAUAAAAUAAAGAUUAAGAAGAAAUAAAAGCACAAAAUCCACUUCUAUGUCAAUGAAGCACGGCGAAAAUAUGUUAACUUCCGAUGUUAGCAGAUGUCGACACGGCCUUUGUUAAAGCAACCAUUUUAAAUACAUUAUGGAAUGUUUUGACAUAAUGAGACAUGACAGCCAAUGUGAAUUAGCCUUUAUAAUGUAAUUGCUGCAUGGAGAAAAUCUAUUCUGUCCAAUCAAGAAUUUGAAUUCUAUUGCACAAAAACGUCUUGCAGCCUAUAGAAAUAUAACAUGGUUUAACUAAAAUUCCCUGUAUUUUGCUGAUAUCAACAGUCUGACAGUACUCAAUGAAGAAUGUACAUUAAGCUAAAAAUGUAAAUCUCCUGAUGUUCGAUUUCUUCAAGUAUAACAAUUUACAAUAAACUUAUUAGAUUUA